AUGUCGGACUGGGAUACAGUGACAAUUCUUCGAAAAAAGCCUCCUAAGGCGUCAGCUCUGAAAACAGAACAAGCAGUAAAUGCUGCACGUCGCCAAGGUUUACCAGUAGACACUCAACAAAAAUAUGGUGCGGGAACUAAUAAACAACAUGGCACUACAAAGAAUACUGCAAAACUGGACAGAGAAACUGAAGAAUUACGACAUGAAAAAAUACCCCUGGACUUAGGAAAACUAAUAAUGCAAGGUCGACAAGCUAAAGGCAUGAGUCAAAAAGAUUUGGCUACAAAAAUAUGUGAAAAACCUCAGAUUGUUAAUGACUAUGAAGCCGGUCGAGGAAUACCUAAUAAUAUUGUUCUUGGCAAAAUUGAAAGGGCAAUUGGAAUAAAACUACGUGGAAAAGAUCGUGGCCAACCGCUACAGCCUCCUGGAGGAAAGAAU